AUGCCGGGAAUUGGUCUAGGUACGUGGAUGUCUACCAGAAGAGCAGACUUACAAAUUGCUAUAACUGCAGCUCUAGAAUUUGGUUACCGUCAUUUUGAUACUGCGUUUAUCUACCAAAAUGAAAAAAUUAUUGGAGAUACUCUAAAAGAUUGGUUCUGUUGCAAGAGAGUGAAACGGGAAGAUAUUUUUCUAACAACGAAAUUACCCAUAGCUGGCUUACAUGAAGACAGAGUAGAAUCAUCAAUAAGGCAAUCACUGGAAAAUUUAAAAAUGGAUUAUGUUGAUCUUUAUCUGAUACAUUUUCCUGUUGGAUCUAGUGUUGCUAAUUCUAGAACACCUCUGAACCAAUUAAAAUUGGAAAUGUCUGAUCAUAAUGCGGUUUGGAAAAUUAUGGAACAACAAGUAGAGGAAUCCAGAACAAAAGCUAUUGGUUUAUGUAAUUUUACUAAAAAAAAAAUAGAAAAAAUCUUAAAUAAUUGCAAAAUUAAACCAGCAUGUUUACAAAUAGAAUCUCACGUAUUUUUACAACAAAAAGAGUUGGUAGAUUUUUGUCAACAAAACAACAUUAUAGUAAUUGGUUUUUCACCUUUGGGCAAUCCUGGUUACAAUAAAUUCUUGAAAUCUAUUGGUAAAGAUGGAAUACAGUUGCCCAAUGGAUUUGAAAAUGACAUUAUUAAAGGUAUUGCAGAAAAAUGUAAGAAAACUCCUGGUCAAGUUAUGUUACGAUAUCUCAUACAAAGAAAUAUUGUACCCAUACCCAAAAGUACGAACCCUAAAAGAAUUAAAGAAAAUAUUGAAGUGUUUGAUUUUGAACUUGAUAGCGAUGACUUGAAAAAACUAGAAGGAUUAGAUCUGGGAGAAGAGGGACGGAUACUUGAUUUCAACUUUUUCUCUAAACAAAUGAGAGAAUCUCCAGAAUUUCCAUUUCCUAAAAAAAGAAAAGAAUCGAUCUAA